GGCGGGCGCUUCCGGCUGCGUUUCCGGUGCGAUAUUACCAAGGCAGGGACGGGCGGUGGUUUGGUUUCUCGGCUGUUGGCCGCUGACUGACUGACUGAGCCGGCAAGAUGGAGCGCGGCGCCGAGAAGCUGAGCGGGGAGCCCCGCGCCAACGGCUGCAGCCUCACCGGGCACCACGGCCUGAAGAACGGCUACGUGCGAGGCUUCCCAGGAGCGGAGCCCCACGGCCAGCUCCCGCAUAUCGCUCAGAAUGGAGGCUUGUAUAAAAGACCUUUCAAUGAAGCUUUUGAGGAAACACCAAUGCUGGUUGCUGUACUGACUUAUGUAGGCUAUGGUGUCCUCACCCUUUUCGGGUAUCUUCGAGACUUUCUGAGGCAUUGGAAAAUCGAGCACUGUCAUAAUGCAACAGAAAGAGAAGAACAAAAGGAUUUUGUCCCUUUGUACCAGGAUUUUGAAAACUUCUAUACAAGGAACCUCUACAUGCGCAUUAGGGAUAGCUGGAGCAGACCACUCUGCAGUGUACCGGGAGCCAAAGUAGACAUAUUAGAGCGGGUUUCCCAUGACUACAAUUGGACAUUCAAGUACACAGGAAAAGUGAUAAAAAACAUAAUUAACAUGGGGUCCUACAACUACCUUGGGUUUGCAGAGAACACCGGAGUUCGCAAGGAUGCUGUGGCUGAAGUUCUUUCGCAGUAUGGAUGUGGGGUGUGCAGCACUAGGCAAGAGAUGGGAAACCUGGACAAACAUGAGGAGCUAGAAACAUUAUUGGCCAGAUACCUUGGUGUGGAAUCCGCAUUGUCAUAUGGGAUGGGAUUUGCAACCAACUCAAUGAAUAUUCCUGCUUUGGUUGGCAAGGGCUGUCUAAUAGUGAGUGAUGAGUUGAAUCAUGCAUCUCUAAUAUUAGGAGCAAGACUUUCAGGAGCAACAAUUCGAAUCUUCAAGCACAAUAAUAUGCAGAGCUUGGAGAAGCUGCUCAAAGAUGCCAUUGUGCAUGGGCAGCCACGCACACGCCGACCAUGGAAAAAAAUUCUCAUCAUUGUCGAAGGCAUUUUCAGCAUGGAGGGAUCCAUAGUCCGGCUUCCUGAAGUAAUUGCCCUUAAGAAAAAGUACAAAUCAUACUUGUACUUGGAUGAAGCUCAUAGUAUAGGAGCAUUGGGUCUCAAUGGCCGGGGUGUAGUGGACUAUUUUGGACUUGACCCUGAGGAUGUGGAUAUCAUGAUGGGAACAUUCACCAAGGCUUUUGGAGCUGCUGGAGGAUACAUUGCAGGCAAGAAAGAGCUGAUCGAUUACCUUCGUGUCCAUUCACACAGUGCAGUAUAUGCCACUUCGCUUUCCCCCCCUGUUAUUGAGCAAAUCAUCGCAUCAGUGAAGUGCAUUAUGGGUGAAGAUGGCACAACACUUGGAAAGCAGCGUAUACAACAGUUGGCUGAGAACAUCAGGUAUUUCCGAAGACGGCUUAAGGAAAUGGGCUUUAUCAUCUAUGGAAAUGAAGACUCACCUGUUGUACCUUUGAUGUUGUAUAUGCCAGCAAAAAUUGGUGCAUUUGGACGAGAGAUGUUGAAAAGGCACAUAGCUGUUGUGGUCGUGGGUUUUCCUGCCACUCCGAUCAUUGAAUCCAGAGCCAGAUUUUGUCUGUCUGCAGUGCUUACCAAAGAGAUACUUGAUAUUGCUUUAAAGGAAAUAAAUGAAGUUGGAGACCUCUUGCAGUUGAAAUACUCCCGGCAUCGACUGGUACCUCUCCUUGACCGUCCUUUUGACGAGACAACAUACGAAGAGACUGAAGACUGAGUUCUCUCCCUGUCUUUUGAUAGACAAGGCACACUCCUCAGAACUCUGUGUGGCUCAAAGACCAAGGUUCUUGAACCAAACACUGACGGACUGCUUAGCAUAAACAGAAUGACUUCUUACUCACAAAACUGAAGUGGCAACAACAGCUAGAACUGGUGUGUUGUGAAAAGCAAAACAAAACCUGGCUUUUCUUCCUAUUGCUUUAAGGUCUUGCCCUAGGGAGGAGUUUGGCUUACAUUUUUAAAAUGCUGAUUCCCUAUUUGUUUGUCACGAUGAGAUCGCGGCGGCCACUGUUGGCAGUGCUGCAAGGUGGGCAUUGCUAAGGAUGCUUCUGUCACGACGUUUCCUUUUUCAUGACUACAGUCUAACCUCCUUGAGAGUGCAAGACCAGCCAGUUUCUUCAGCUAAGGCUUCUGAUGAAAUCAUUGACAGCUAGCUAAUUUGAAUAUAUUUAACAUGAAAUAAUCAACCAAAGUCUUUUCCUUGUCCCUUUACGUAGUGCUUUUUUUUUUGUCUUUGUUAUUACAAUGGUGGUUGACUUGCCUCUUAAGGACUGUUAGUCAGUUCUUUAAGGGACAAAGCAGGAAUCCUCCCAGGGCCUUUAUCCAUCUUGAUAUUUCAGACUGGGUUCCAAGUGUUCCUUCUUUAGAGUAAGUAGCAAAUAACAUUUCAGAGCAGGAUAGAACUUUGUGGACAUUUCCCUUUCCCUGUAUAGAAUUCCUUCAGCUCCAAGGUGUCCCCACAAUUCCAGUUUCCAGGAUGAGUUCUAGUGUUGCUUGUUGGAUUAAUGAGUGUUUGUCUUUAGCUCUGGGGUGUGUGUGUGUGUGUGUGUGUGUGGUCAGAUGAAGAACCAGAUUGGGAGGGAGUAGCAUUCCAAACCACCUUCCUUUUCCUCCUUUCACAUAUUCCUGCUCUACUUUUUGGCAGAGCUAAUGAUGCAGCUCUUCAGAACCUAAAUGCUGAUGGUCUGCCUACUCAGAGGGCCUUUUGUGAUACUUGAAUUGCUCUUGCUAUAUUGAUACCAAUUAGGUGUUUGCUGUGGCCACAGAAGGUAGGCAGCAGAAGGCAAAAUCCCAUUACAACAUGUAUGUAUUUUUUUGAAGUUGCUUUUGUAGCAAUCUGUGUAUCAAGAGCAAUUCCCAAAUACACAAAGGUGAGGGGUGGGAAUGAGACUAUUAGUCUGGUGAGUUUCUUUGUGCGAGUGGAAGCAGCCAUUUUAUUAGCACAAUAUGAAAAUACUUUGAUCUUUGGAUAUUUGCCUCAAAAUAUUUAAGAAUAGCCUUGGAAGCAAAAAAGAAAUAUGCCUUGUUCACUUUUUAGAAAAAUCGUGUUGGAGAAUUUGAUUCUUAGAAGCAUACUAAAGUAAGAAAAGAGUUGCCAUUGACUUAUGUCUUCCAGUGAAUUCAGUUACAAUGGCUAUUAUUUAAUUUACUAGAAAUCAUAUAUAGGCUGUUCAUUGGCAGAAGUGCAGUGUGCUGUUUUCACACAUAUGCAUUAUGAAGUCAGAGUAUCCAUGGUUCACCUUCAUACUCUUUAACCACGUACUUUUUUUAAACUUUUUGCACGGAGGAAACCUCCCCACUUGUACAUUUCCAGUAAAUUAUUGCAAAGGAUUAUGCGUAACAGUAGAAAAUUCUGAGCAGCUGAAGAUCUGCCAGCUUGCUUAAAGAGCCUCUGCUUAGCCUCUCAAUAUGGCAAAUACUUCAGCUAGGUCAGGGCAAGGAUUUCCAAAGUCUGAUUCAGAAUUAAGGAAUAAUAAUACUUGACCAAAGAACAGAUUGUAGUUGCUAAUAUUGUGCAGUGCCACUUGCCAAGGCCUGAAACAAAGGCAGAACUAAGAUUUUGCAAUUGUGUUUCCAAGUCAUAUGCUGGCACGGAGUUUUUGAUCAUGUGUUGAACAUGUUAGAUAUUUUGAAACUUAACAGUAAAAUAAUAAUAAUUUUAUGCUGUAUAUAUUGAGCCAUGUGGCCUUAGCACCAAGAGCCAAAUGCACAGGAAGUGGGAAAGAGUCAAAAUAGCAUCUAAAAGUUUCUAUUUCACCUAAAUUCUUGGUAUCCCACAAAUAACUUGAAAUGUGUUCACUAUAAACUGGCUUUGCUGGAAAUAGUGGUCUUCAUUGCCACUAGAUCUCAACUAUGCUUCUUUUGGGGACCUGCCACCAUCCUCCAUCUGCGUCAAUGCCAGAUCACGAUAUAAUAAUAUUAUAUAUCCUAAUAAUUCCUAAGACCUUCUGCCCAGGAUUACUGAGAGUACUGGGAAUGACAACCCUAUGUUUCUGUAUCAAACUGCUUAAGGGCGGCACCAUGCAUAGCUGUUUCAGGAAGCAUUGGUGUUGCAGGCAGUGCCUUCCGCAGCAAACAUGUCAAGUGCAGCGAUAAGAUAUUUUGGUGUUUGUUCCAACAUUCAUAAAAGUGGUGCUGCCCUAACCUAGUUUACACCAGGACUGCUGUGGGACCUGUGGCCCUCUAGAUGUUGUAUGGCCACCGCAUCCAUUAUCUCUGACUAUUGACCAUGCUGAUAGAUGAGAGUUGGGAGUUCCAACAAUGACCUGGAUUUCCCUUCCCUAGACAGGACCAAAUAUAAGGAUUCAAUAGUUUAAAAAUCCAUUCCUUGGGAUUCAGCUAAGGAACUGCCUGCCCUUGCACUCAACUGACUUCAUCCCAACAUCAGGGGAUGCAGUUUGGCAAGACUGCUAGUUCAACAGCUGAAAAGCUUUCAUUAAAAAAAAUAAUCAACUAUUCUGUCUUCAUAAAUAUGAAUGCUGCCAUGUGCAUGUGUGUGUGUACACACAGUCUUAGGAUGAUACAAAGCUACUUUGAGGGGAAAGCGGGUGUAUGAAAUAAAUGCAGGCCAUUUUUAAGCAUGUUUUUGUUAACAUUUUCCACAAUUGCAUUAGCAGAAGUACUUCAGUAACAUCUUCAAGGGGAACUGGACGACUUAGCUGGAUGAAUGAGGUCAGGUGGUAUGUCUGAAAGCUGAACUGAAUCCUUAAACUGUACAGGAGGACAAUGUGAUACUCCCCAGGAAAGGUUUUUGUGUGUGCUUUGGGUGAUGGGUAGGGAAGAAGGAAAAUGCAGGAGACAAAUGCCUCAUCUGCUGUUUUUCUUUUGCUUUGUAUCCUUUGGUAGAGUUGGAUGCCAGUAUCAGGUGGGGCCAAUAUAUCAGAAUAUCCAGUACCCGAUAUUUAACAUAAGAUUUAUUUGACACAGUGUCAGCAUGUCUCUUGUAUUCUAAUGCUGUCUCCCACCACACACCAAUAUUUUCCAAGUCUUCUCAUUCCAGAAAAGAUUAUAGUAUUGGUUUGGGGAUUCAUACUGUUCCCACACUCAACCUACAAUGUGGUAUGAUAUGGCUGAUGGGCAUGAACGACAACUUCCCUAGGUUUUGAAAGGGCUGUUUGUUGCCUGUAUGAUCAAUCUUUGGGAAACGCAGGUGAAAUUGUAUUUUUUUGCAGGACGUUGGGUGGUCUUCUUCUGAAAGAACUGAUUUCUUGCCAAAGAGAUUAUUACAAAAUAUCAAGAUUGCACUCCAGACUUGCUUGGCUUCAUAAUCUAGACAGCUUAUCCAGAAGGGGACAGUGAAACAUCACAGCCCUCACUAUACCAAAUAACAGAUUGCUUGUGUUGGAGCAAGCGAGCUUGAACCUUACGCUUCUCUGAAACCCACAUUAUCAGUAGCAGCUGACAUGCUCUUGCGUGUUGAAUUUCACGUACAAACGGAAAGACCAGGAAUACCCAAGAAAGAUCACUUUUGGUGGUGGUGCGGGGGCGGGGUAUGUUUGGUCUCUGAACCUUAAUUUGUUGGAGGGAAGGUGUUUCUCCCCACAAGGGCAAGCAUAGAGAGCAAGGGGAAAGGAACAAACAUUGCAGGGGUCAAAUCCACAAUUGGCCUGCAGAGAUAUAUAGUUGGUGUAUUUAGCAGUUGUUUUCCUUCGUGCCCCAAAUACCACAUUGCAACAUACAGGGCUGUGUAUCCGCCUGGCAACUUGUGGUUUUCCUCAGCUGCCCCUCCGUGGUGAUUAUCCACCCCUGCCCUCACUUUUAAAACAGGGGUGAGCCUUUGAAGGCUACCUACUGCUGUGAGUCUGGCUGCCUUGGGACCAGAGUUUGAAAUAUAUGGGACCAUCCAAAACUAAUUGUUUUUAUUUCUUAUUUUUGCUGAAAAUGAGGGUUUGAGUCGUGUAGCUUAUAUACUUCCUGAGAGGUUAUUCCACCCCCCACUCCCCACAUUCUUUGUACUCUGGUCUAAGUUCUAGAGUCAAUGUGACACAGCGUGUUGCAGAGAAAACAGACAUUGUCUUUCCAGUGCUUGUCUUUUCCAAAUGCACAUAAUGGGGAAAUGCUCAGGUUCCUGCUGAUGGAUAUUUUAAAGGAUGCUUAUGCUGAAAGAUGCACUUGCACGCUUGAGAUUUAUUGUGUUGUGCAUUUUGUACUUUAAUGUCUGAAAAGGAAAGUGGAAAUCUCUGCAGUGUCUGCAGUAGCAAUGCACAUUUCCUGUGUUUGCAUUGGGGAGCAAUGGGAGGAAUAUUAAUUAGGCUUAAUGCUAUUCUUUUUUUAAUUAAAAAAACCCCAACUUUAAAAUGUUUUUGUGCUUGGCACGACUGAAACGUAUCCAAAGAACAGAAAUUGUUUUCAGAUAUUCUCUUCCAUUUAGUAAUUUAAGAUGAUACAGGGUCUGUUCACAUGUAGAUAGGUCAGUCUAUCAAGCUAAAAGUGGUGCAGGAUGACAGCUAAUUCUUAUCCCAGUUUCCCAGAGUUGUAGGUUCACACACAAUGUUUUACCAUGAACACACUUAUCUACUUGACAUUUUCCACAGAAAAUAUUAAAAUAAUGCACCUUCAUGGUGAUAGUUGGUAUAUUUCAUCAAGGGACUUAUACUUUCUCCCUAAAGCAGUAAAUACCGAUGGUCACCCCAUUGAGGGUGAAACGAAUGCUCCAUCAUUUAAAUCUUAACCAUGUGAUUUACAUUGGGCUGGCUUCGUCAUAUCAGAACGAAUGUGGGAAAUUUGCUUGUUAACAUACAUCCUGGGAGGUUUAUAAUAUGAAGCAUUCUUGUGGUCUUACUCUCCGUUUGAUGGUGUGAUUUUUAGAUUUGCUGCUUUGAGCUCUGUUUGUUUGUGAAAAAGGUUGAAAGGGCCCAUGCCGGGUUUAAGAGCUGCUCUUGCCCCUCUGUGUUGCGCUUGACUUGAUCAAAUGGAUCUUUUUUUACGGGGCUGCUGUAAAGCUAAUGAUCUAAUGGAAAACUUAACUUAUUUAUCUAUGGCAAGUGUGUUUCUGGAGCAGCUGGGAUGUGCCAAAAAGUGACAUGACUACCAAAACACUUUCCACAAACAAAAGUGCACUGAAAUAUGCAAACCUUCCCUGUGUUGUCCAUUUGCCAAAUGUGCCGACCUUGGCCAGUAUUUCAGCAGCCCCUGCCCUAAAAGUAUCUCCUGCAUUUAUGUGCAACUAUAGAGGUGGUCAGAUUUAGGAGGAAAGUGGAGGCAGGACCUACCAUAUGGAGCCUGAAGCUCAAGGCUAAUUUAUUGGUCUCUAAGCUAAUGGUGGCCCAUAUUUUUAUAGCCCUAGACUUGCCCUCGAAGCCACAAGUUCUAAGUCUUAAAUUGCACUGUGCUCCUAUGCCUCUCUGUUGGUAAUAAUGUACAUAUAGCCUAGAUUUUUUUGUAGAUAUUAAAUUUUAAAUGACAUUUUUAAUUACCUCCCCCCAAAAUACUUCCCUUCCAGACAUGACUUUUUUUACACCUUGAACAAUUAACACGAAGUUGGGUACCAUGUGGGUAGGGAGGAAGAAGAGAAGCAGAUCCUACAUUGGCUUUUAAGUAACAAUGCAUGUUAAGCGGAGAGAAACUGUUUGACAAAAUCUAGCUAUGUUCUGCUUAAUAAAGAAUUCACCAAUA